AUGUCCAGUAACUAUCGUACUGAAGAGGUUUUCGAACUACCGGGGGAACCUGUAAUGGAGCCCAUGCCCUCAGAUUUUAGCAAAGUGGGCAGUAAUCUGAACGAUGACGGCCGCAUUGAUAUCGAUUGGGACUCAAAUCUCGUGCGAGGAUUUUCCAUGCUCUACAAUGGUCCGUUCCUAAGACAUCCUACGACACCGCCGCCAGAAUACUCGGAGCUACCGACGCAAGAUGUCGGUCUCACAGAAGCAGACCUUCAUCCUAGAGCAAAAUACGGAGAGCCCACCAUAGAUCAAGAGACUAGGCCCUGGAGCAUCAAACUAAACAUUGUCCUCCAAGUGGUGGGCAGUCGAGGCGAUGUCCAACCUUUCAUUGCCCUUGGAAAUGAACUUGCACGGUACGGACACCGCGUGCGCCUCGCUACGCAUGACGUUUUCGAAAGUUUUGUCAGGAAUUCGGGAUUGGAAUUUUACCCAAUUGGAGGCGAUCCAGCGGAGCUGAUGUCAUACAUGGUUAAAAAUCCCGGCCUUAUUCCUAGCAUGAGAGGUCUUCGGGCAGGCGAGAUCCGUCGCAAACGCAUCAUGGUCCGGGAGAUGCUCGAUGGAUGCUGGAGGUCAUGUGUGGAGCCAGAUAUGGUAACAAACCACCCAUUCGUGGCUGAUUCUAUCAUCGCCAACCCACCAAGCUUUGCACACGUUCACUGCGCCCAAGCGCUCAGCAUUCCAGUACAUCUAAUGUUCACUAUGCCUUGGAGUAACACAAAGGCUUUUCCACACCCGCUGGCAAACAUGAAGACCGAGGAUGCAGAUCAAAGCUUCAGAAAUUAUGCGUCUUACGAUAUUGUGAACUGGCUUGUAUGGCAAGGGGUCGGCGAUGUGAUCAAUCAGUGGCGAAAGGAGCUGGAUCUAGAUGAAGUGGCCAUGUUUGAAGGUCCUCAUCUUGCUAAAAUAUUAAAGGUUCCGUUUACCUACUGCUGGUCCCCAGCCCUCGUCCCGAAACCAGUAGAUUGGCCGCCUUAUAUAGACGUCUGCGGUUUCUUCUUCCGUGACACCCCACAAUACGAGCCUCAGACUGAUCUCCAGGCCUUCCUUUUAUCCGGGCCACCACCAAUUUAUGUUGGCUUUGGCAGUAUUGUACUUGAGGAUCCCGCUGGAAUCACAACAGCUAUACUUGACGCGGCAAAUGCAGCCGGUGUUCGGGCUAUUAUAUCAAAAGGCUCAUCCAACUUGGGCGGAACAUCUAACAAUAACAUUCACUUCAUCGAAGAUUGCCCUCAUGAAUGGCUUUUCCAACAUGUGACGGUUGUAGUGCAUCAUGGAGGCGCUGGCACGACAGCUUGUGGUCUCCGGAAUGCAAAACCAACCAUCAUUGUCCCUUUUUUUGGCGACCAGCCGUUCUGGGGUUCUAUGGUUGCUGCAGCGGGUGCCGGUCCUGCUCCUAUUCCCCAUAAGGAGCUAAGUGUUCAUGCACUGGCUGAAGGUAUACGGUAUUGCCUUACAGACCGAGCCACACUCGCCGCCUCCGCAAUUGCGGUAAAGAUGAAUUCUGAAGCCGGGACCCAAGCAGCAGUUUCUUCAUUCCACCGGCACCUUCCACUGGAUCGUCUACUAUGUGACAUAUGUCCCGGGCAAGCAGCAGUGUGGUUCUUCUCCAAAGACCACAGAAAAAUCAAGAUUUCAAAAGUCGUGGCAGCAACGUUGGUGUCUCACAAUUUGCUUGACCCAAAACUAUUGGAAAUACAUCCACUCAAGCCCAUCGUAAUCGAAAACUGCCGAUGGGAUCCUAUCACGGGCGGAGCCUCUGCCGUUAUGGGGACUACGACGGACCUUACUGCUUCCAUUUUAGGUAUUUUCUAUAAGCCUUUUGAAGAGUAUCAAGAUUACCGAGUAAGCCGCCGAGACUGGCCCUCAAGUAGUGCGUCUAGUCAAGCUGCAAAAGGAUCUGCACGCAGUUCGUUUUCUGGGAAACGCUCACCGCAGAAGACAGAUUGGGAGGGAGCCAGCAAUGGGCCCAGCCGCGUGAAUAGUAUGAUUUCCACAGCGAACGCGUCGUCAACCUCUGAAGAGCUUUCGGGCCGCCAUAGACCUAGGCUUGCUGCGAGGAUGGCAGGAGCGUCGAUGAAGAGUCUUGGCAACUUUGUGCCGACUGCUUUGAAGGGCAUGACUGUUGAUAUCCCACUCGCCAUGACUGAGGGAAUGCGCAAUAUCCCUCGGUUUUAUGGUGAAGAACCUCGGGACCACGGUCCCGUUACUGACAUCAAGAGUGGUUUUGCCCUUGCUGGCAAAGGUUUUGCAUGGGGGAUGGCUGAGGCUGUGAGCGACUUGGCCGUAAAGCCGUACCAAGGUAUCCGAAAAGAUGGCGCGAAAGGGGCAGUGAAGGGUAUUGGCAAGGGCGUGGCAAACAUGACAUCUAAAGCUGGCUGUGCCAUGUUUGGUGUCUUGGUGUACCCUAGUGCCGGCAUUGCGGAGAGCCUGAAAUCGUCAGUUUAUUCAAGGACGAGAAAAAACAUUGUCAAAAAGCGCCAUGCCGAGGGAACAUGGUUACUGGAGAAUGGCGGAUAUGCGGAAAUGGACAGUGUCGUUACCACGUUUCAAGGGAUGCUAAAGGGUAAAAAUACCUGAAUUGAUUACUGGGUAAGCGGGACCAAACGAGAUAGAAAUAGUUAGACCUGCGAAGGGCAAUAUGAGAAACUUCCAAAUGACAACUAAGCUAUGAAUUAUACCAAGGAUGGGGAGCCGGAUCCUGGGUUACUAUUUAACUCUUACUGUCUGUACCACGGAGUGCAUCUACUGGGAAGAGACGACUAGCAUACUGCGAACCUUUU